AUGGUCGAGCGAGAUCCCUCCAAAAUCAAGUGGGGCGAUGCUGGUGCUGAGUACGUGGUGGAGUCCACUGGCGUCUUCACCACCAUGGAGAAGGCUGGGGCGCACUUGCAGGGGGGAGCCAAGAGGGUCACCAUAUCUGCCCCCUCUGCUGAUGCCCCCAUGUUCGUGAUGGGCGGGAACCAUGAGGAGUAUGACAGCAGCCUCAAGAUCGUCAGCAAUGCCUCCUGCACCACCAACUGCUUAGCACCCCUGGCCAAGGUCAUCCCUGACAACUCUGGUAUCGUGGAAGGACUCAUGACCACCGUCCACGCCAUCACUGCCACCCAGAAGACCGUGGAUGGCCCCUCCGGGAAACUGUGGUGUGAUGGCCGUGGGGCUCUCCAGAACAUCAUUCCUGCCUCUACUGGCGCUGCCAAGGCCGUGUGUCAGUGGUGCCAAUGUGUCAGUGGUGCCAAUGUGUCGUCAGUGGUGGACCUGACCUGCCACCUAGAAAAACCUGCCAAAUAUGAUGACAUCAAGAAGGUGAUGAAGCAGGCUGACACCCAUUCUUCCACCUUCAAUGCUGGGGCUGGCAUCGCCCUGAACGACCACUUCGUCAAGCACGUUUCCUGGUAUGACAAUGAACUUGGCUACAGCAACAGGGUGGUGGACCUCACGUCCCACACGGCCUCCAAGGAUCGCUGUGGGCUGUGUGGACGGAGGUUGUGGGAGAGCCCCUCUAAUGCCAACAUCCCCACUCAGGCGAUUAACACCCCCCUGCCAGCUGGGCAUCGGGACCCUCCUGCCUGCCGACGUGGCUGCCAGCACCCAUACCAGCGUGACCCCCAGCCUGCCUGCAUCCUGCGGGUGAGCCUCUUCUCUGGCAGUGACACUAUUGUUACUCAUUCUUUUUCCCUUUUCACUGUCUGCCCCGGUCUCAAUGUGGAGGCCCUAGAUGAGAUUCAUCUGAUUAAGGUGAUGGAUUGA